UUAGGGGAAAAAAAUUACUAAUAAUUAAUUCAUCACACAUUACAUUACACUGAAAUUAUUUUCCAUUUAUUAAAUUUGUUGUGUAGAAAAUGACAUCGGAAAGUAAUAAAAAAGAUCCGGUGUGGCAAUAUGCCCAUUUGGUAGAGGAGAAUAAUUUAAACAAGUUCGAGUGUAAUUUUUGUGGUAAAGUAUCAAAUGGUGGUGUUUAUCGGGUGAAACAACACCUCGCGGGAGGCUAUAGAAAUGUCACUGCUUGCCCGAAGUGUCCAACUCAUGUAAGAGAAGGGAUUAGAGAGUUCAUGUCAAAAAAGAAGACACAAAAAGAAGAAAUGAACAUGUUGCCUGAUUUCGAUGACAUGGAUAUGGAAAAUGAAGAUGAAGAUGAAGAUGAAGAUGUUGUUGAGAUCAAUGUCAAUCAACGCCGUAAGUUGACAAGUAGCAGCUAAGGUUCAUUCAAAUCCAAAUAAAAAAAGCCAAAGAGAAAAGGGCCUAUGGAUGUUUACUUCACACCCAAUCUUGAAUCAGUGGUGAAAAAUCGAAGAGACCAAGCAAAAGGGAAGAAAAUCAAAAUUGAUGCAAAUGACCCUUACAAAAAAGAAAUGAGAGCUCGGGCAGUGCAAAGAUUUGCAAAGUGGAUGUAUGAUGCUGGUAUCCCUUUUAAUGCAGUAAAUUAUGAGAGUUUUGGACCAAUGAUUGAAGCCAUUGGGCAAUAUGGUCCUGGUAUGAAGCUAUCAACUUACCAUGAAGUGCGGGUUACCCAACUUAAAAAAAAAGUGAAACAUACUGAAGAUUUGAUAAAGAAUCAUAAAGAGGAUUGUGGAAAAUACGGGUGUUCCAUAAUGGCUGAUGGCUGGACUGAUAAGAGAGGAAGGACAUUGAUUAAUUUUUUAGUUAAUUAUCCAAGAGGAACCAUGUUUGUUGAGUCGGUUGAUGCUUCUAGCUAUUCAAAGGAUGGGCAAAAGUUAUUUGAAUUACUAGACAAAUUUGUGGAGAAAGUUGGAAAAGAGAAUGUGGUGCAAGUUAUCACUGAUAGUGCUGCAGCUAAUGUGUUGGCGGGGAGGUUUUUGGAAGCCAAGUAUGAACACUUGUAUUGGAUACCAUGUGUUGCUCAUUGCUUGGACUUGAUGUUAGAAGACAUUUUCAAGAUACCUAGACUGAAAAAGAUAUUUGAAAGGGGUAUGGCAGUACAUGGCUACAUUUAUAACCGACCUUCGUUGCUUAACAUGAUGAGGCGCUAUAAAAACCUGAAGAAUUUGAUCAAACCUGCAAAAACUAGAUUUACAACCGCCUUUCUGACUUUGUCUAGGAUGCAUCAACAAAAAAACAAUUUGAGAAAGAUGGUCGCCUCCGAAGACUGGACCUCAAGCAAAUGAGCAAAUGAGCUACAAGGUAAAAGAAUGGCACAAACUUUGUUGAUGCCUUCAUUUUGGAAUACUGUUUUUUGCCCUUAAGGUCUUGGGUCCUCUUGUCAAAGUGCUUAGAUUGGUUGAUACCGAGAAGAAACCUCUAAUGGGAUACAUUUAUGAGGCAAUGGAUAGGGCAAAAGAAUGCAUUGCAAGUUCAUUUGAUCAUAAAGAAGAGAAGUAUAAUAAAAUCUUCGAAAUCAUCGACAAAAGAUGGGAUGUCCAAUUGCAUCGGUCUUUACAUACAGCUGCGCACUUUCUUAGCCCAGAAUUCUUUUACCCAAAAGUGUUAGAGGUGCAAAAAGAUCAUGAAGUGAUGAAUGAGUUUUAUGAAUGCAUGCAAAGGUUGGUCCUGGAUGUCACUGUUCAAUAUUUGAUCACUAAUGAGAUGAGUAUUUAUAUGAAAGCUGAGAGUCUUUUUGGCAAGUCUGUUGCGAUUAGGUAAAAAAAUGCAAGAGCACCAGGUAAUAUAUUGUAGACUCAUAGAGUUUAUUUUUAGUAAUACUUUUAGUAAAACUGAAUACUUGGUAACAAUUAUUUCUAAUUAGUGAUUAUCGCAAUUGAUUGGUGGGCAUCAUAUGGUCCUAAAACUCCAAACUUGCAAACUUUUGCCAUAAAAGUCCUUAGCCUAACAUGUAGUUCAUCGGGUUGUGAACGAAAUUGGAGUGUAUUUGAACGUGUGAGUAUUUAACAUUCUAACUAAUUUUUUGUUCAAUUCAAAUAUUUUUUAUUCUCAUUAUAUAGAAUUUAAUAUCUUUUUAAUACUUGUAGCUUCAUAGCAAGAAAAGAAAUAGAUUGGAACAACGUCUCAAUGAUUUAGUGUUUGUCAAAUAUAAUAGAACAUUGAGAUUUAGGUAUGACAUGCGCAACACUCUUGAUCCCAUAUCUUUGCAAAAUAUUGAUGAAAACAAUGAGUGGUUGCUUGGGAGGAUGGAUGGAGAAUCAAAUAAAAAUAAUGACCUAUGUUUGAUGAUGAUGAUGAUGGCUUGACGUGGGCCACUAUUGCUAGAACUUCUGGAGUAGAAGAAAGUAGUCAUGCAAGUAGAGCAACAAGUUCACGCUCAAAGGCACAACUGAGGAUAUCUAGAUCAUCAAGAUUAACUCCACUUCAAUUAAUAGAUGAAGAGGAAGCGGGCUCAGAUGACACAGAGGAGGAAGAUGUUGAGGGAUAUAAAUCAACUUAUGGAGAAGAAGAUGAUAGUUUGCUUGCCAAAUGUUGAGGAUGAUGAUUGACUGACCGACCUAAGUUCUAACCUUUUUCUUUUGAUAUUGAUGUUUUGAAGUGUUAAGACAUAUAUUAGUAUUUGUUGGAUAUUUAUGUUUUGAAUGUUUAGUGUUUAUGUUUUGUUUUUAUUUUUAUUUUAUUGAAUGUGGAUUAUUUUAUCUUUGAAAAUUAGAAUAUUAUGUAAUAUGCACUUUUAUGGCUUUGAGAAUUAUUUUAUAUUUUGUCUUGAAUCUUGAUUACUUUUUAUUUUUAAAAAAAUUGUCUUAGUACUAUGAAUGAUUAGUCUAUGUUAAUUUUUUUAUUUUUUACUAAGACUGUGCGCCUUAAUUCAAUAAAGCCUGCGCCUCGCCUUGCGCCUAGGCCCCGAGAGACCUUCAGCGCCUUAGUGCGCCUUGAGCCUUUAAAAACACUAGGAUCGGGCAUUGGCGGGACAACUGAGGGGCGUGGGUGGUAAAGGCUUGAGCUUUGCGGCUAUGUCAGACUGGGUCCGUUGAUGGUGGAAGGCGUCGGGGCAGGUGGAGGUGCGUCCACUUGGUGAUCAGGCUUUUUUGUUUGUUUCUUUUCCAGACUCGAGGCGGAGGCUUUGUUUCGUUGGCGCUGGACUCUUGAUGGUCGUGAUUUGUUGUUGGAAUGGACACCCUUGGCCCUUUGCGCUUCGGGGACGAACUCAACACUAGGACCGAAAGUAUGGAUCCGAGUGACGGGCUUGCCGCUUCAUCUUCGUGGAGCGGAGGUUUAUCGUGUGAUUGGCAACCAGUGUGGUGGAUUUGUGGAGGCGGACGAGUCAUCGACGAAUCUGGGCUCUCUUCGACUGUGUGUGAGGGGUUUGGAGAAGUCGCCGUCGACUAUCUCGCUUCAGUGGGGAUCAUGGACAUAUUCCUUACCAAUAUGGGUGGAGGUCCGGCUGCUGGUUGAACCUGUGGCGCCGUCCGUCGGCGAGGCGGGUGGCUCUGGUCGGGGAAUGGAAGGGCGAGAUCUGCGGCGAAUGAAUCGGUGAUUUGCAAAGAUCGUGGGGGUCAACGAAUAUAAGCAGAGAUUUAGGCAACCCACUGAUUUUAAGGGCAAAUGGGUUCGGGUUAUUCCUAAUGCCAAAGGUGGCUUUGCAGUGGGCUCAAUAAGGGAUUUACUAGGACAAUAGUUGGGCCAUUUUGAGGCCCAAAAGGCUGUUGAUGUUUCUUUGGGCCAGCAAAGGUGGGCUCCGGUCCAUCACCAUCCAAAAGUAGGCCUAGCUUGUGGAAAGGUUAUUAUGAGCCCCCCUAGGUGUGGUUUAGGCCCAAUGGAGAAAGAUCCAGCCCUACCCAAGCCGGGUCAAUCCAAUCCAGAACUUAGUUGGGUUUUUGCUUCCCUUCGCGACGGGUUGGAGCUUCGUCGGACCUAUACUGCCAUGGAAGUGUCGCCGGAGUCUGUGCGACCUCAUGUGAGGGCUGCUGAGGAGGGUUUCGGAGGCUCCUUAUAGUCGCCUGGGUCUGCUGUUGGAGUUUCUCCGACGCACUAUGCUGAUCUUGCGGCGGAGGAACAGUGUUUGUAGGAGCUGAGUUGCGGGGAAAGGUGCGAGACAGAGGGGACUGACAAUGAAGGUUGUUGGGCCACACUGGUAUAUCAGCUAGCGUUGGUGGUCCGACCUGAGGUGGUGACUGUUGGGGUAGAUGUGGGAGAUGUUGCGGUUGAGGAGGGCAUUUCUAGCAUAGCAGUGGACAUCCAGGAGGAUGUGAUUCCGAGUUCCGAGGAGGUAUCGAGGUGGGUCCUUUCUUGCAUUAAUGAGGUUAGCCAAUUUCUGGGGGUGUCUUUUAAAGGUCAUGAGCAUGAGGCAUUUGUUUUAUUUUCUGCCAUUGAGGGCUCCUGGAGGGAGAGUGCCCCGAACUGCCAAGUGGUGACGCCUAUGAAACAGAAUGGGAAGAGUGUUAGGGAAUUACGAAGAUUGGAGUGUUCUAUCAAUUAUGAUCGGAGUGAAGAUGGGGAUGGACAGGCUGCUAGGAAGGGUCGUGGCAAUCCAUUGUUGUUGCAAUGUGGUUAAAAUUGUUGACUUGGAAUGUGCGUGGCUUAAAUGAUAGGGGAAAACGGGUGAUGGUGAAAUCUUUGUUAAAAAGCGCGCGUGCGGAUAUGGUUUGUCUACAGGAAACCAAGUUGGAGAGUUUGGGGGCAGAGAUGGUUCGGAAGUUGUGGGGUGGUCGGUUUGUGGAUUAGACGUUUUUACUUGCCCAAGGGGUGGCUGGGGGAGUUCUUUUUUGUUGGGCUAGGAGGGUGGUAAUAAAGGAGGAGGAGGAGGUGGGGGCUUUUUCCAUUUCUUGAUUUUUUCGAUGUGUUGAGGAUGAUUUCUGCUGGGCCUUUACAGGUGUUUAUGGGCCUGUUCAUGGAGGAGAGCAGAUUGGUUUUUGGGAGGAGCUUCACUACAUUGUCUUUCGGUGGGGGGUUCCAUGGUGUGUCAGUGGUGACUUCAAUGUGGUGCGGAGUUUGGAGGAAAAGAGGCAGGCAAGCUCGGUAACGGCUUCUAUGCGGACGUUCUCGUCAUUCAUUGAUGAGGUGGAGUUAGUGGAUCUUUCGAUGCAAGGUGGUGCAUUUACAUGGUCUGGCGGUGGAGUGAUGUCUCGGCUUGAUAGAUUUUUGGUCACAGGGGACUAGGAGGAGCAUUUUUCACACGUGCCCAAACACGUUUGCAUCGUCCAGUUUCCAAUCAUUGGCCAGUAUUAUUGGAUAGUGGGGGCAUCUGGAGUGGGCCGACGCCGUUUUGGUUUGAGAACAUGUGGUUGUUGUCUGAGGGUUUUUUGGAGCGGGUAAAGGGCUGGUGGGAUAGUUAUGUGAUCUCUAACUUGCCUAGUUGUUGUCUGGCGCAGAAAUUGAAACUUCUUAAGUCCGAUUUGAAGAGAUGGAAUAGGAAAGUGUUUAGACGCUUAGAGGUUUAGAAGGCCGAUGUGCUCGCUGUGUUGCAGGAGUUGGACGACAUAGGGUCUGCGGGGGUAUUGUUUGCGGUGGAUCUUCGUCGUCGAGAUGAUAUCUGCAAGGAGUUUGGUCAAGUUGCCCAUAUGGAGGAGAUUAGCUUUCGGCAAAAAUCUAGAUGUCUGUGGUUAAAGGAUAGUGAUCGAAAUACAAAGUUUUUUCAUCGUAUGGCGAAUGCCCAUCGGAGGGUGAAUCAGAUAGGUCGUAUGCAUGUAGAUGGUGUGGAGUUGUCUUCUUCGGAUGCGGUCAGGGCCGGUAUUGUAGGCUUCUAUGAGCACUUUUUUGGGGAUGAGGGAGAGGUGUGGAGGCCAAGCCUAGACGGUGUUUCUUUUAAUGUUAUUUCAGACACAAUUGUAGGUUGGAGCGCCCGUUCGCAGAAGAUGAGGUGUUGGAGGCUUUACGCAGUAUGCUUGGGGAUAAGGUGCUAGGUCCAGAUGGUUUUACUUUAGCAUUUUUCCAGCAUUGUUGGGAGGUGGUGAAGGCCAAUGUGAUGGCAAUGUUUGGGCAGUUUCAUCAGACUGGUGAGUUUGAGCGUAGCUUUAAUGCCACGUUUAUUGCUUUGAUCCCAAAGAAAGGUAGGAUGGAGGAUAUUCGGGACUUCCGACCUAUCAGUCUGUUAGGCAGUGUGUAUAAGCUUUUGGCGAAAGUGUUGGCUAAUAGGUUACGAGGUGUAUUGGAAGGGGUCGUGUCCGAGUCUCAGAAUGCUUCUGUGGGUGGGCGGCAAAUUCUAGAUGCGGUCUUAGUGGCAAAUGAAUGUGUGGAUUCUCGACUCCGACAAGGGCAGGCAGGCUUAUUUGCAAACUUGAUAUUGAGAAGGCUUAUGAUAAUGUUAAUUGGAAAUUUUUAUUGUAUAUGUUGGACAGACUCGGUUUUGGGGUUAGGUGGAGGCGUUGGAUCCAAUUCUGUAUUUCCACGGUACGGAUGUCGGUUCUUGUAAAUGGACCUCCAGCAGGUUUCUUUUCUACUUAUAGGGGGCUCUGGUAAGGAGAUCCUUUAUCUCCUUUAUUGUUUAUAUUGGUGAUGGAAGCACUGGGGCGGUUGUUAUCUAGGGCGGUGCAGGGAGGACGGUUGUGGGGGUUUGUGGUGGGGAUGGCUCCUGCAAUUUUGUCGGUUUCCCAUUUGUUCUAUGCAGAUGAUGCACUCAUUUUCUGCGAUGCGGAUGUGGAUCAAAUUGGUUAUUUGAGAUGUGUGUUAUUGUGUUUUGAGGUAGUCUCAGGUCUUCGGGUGAACUUAGCAAAAUCAGAACUGAUUCCAAUGGGGGAGGUGGCUACGAUUCCAGUGUUGGCAGCUAUUUUGGGGUGUAAGGUGGUGACUUUGCCAGUUACGUACUUGGGAUUACCUUUGGGGCCGUCUUUUAAGGCUAAAGGGGUGUGGGAUAGGGUGGUGGACUGUGUGCAGCUGCGGUUAGCAGGAUGGAAAUGGCAGUAUUUAUCAAAAGGGGGGAGACUUACGUUGAUUCAGAGUGUUCUAUCUACCAUUCCGACAUAUUUUAUGUCCGUCCAUGUGAUCUCGGUGUCAGUGGCCAAGCGGAUAGAGCAGUUGCAGAGGGAUUUCUUGUGGGGUACUGGGGGGGAGGGUUCUCAUUAUCACUUGAUGGCCUGGGAUCGGAUUUGUCGUCCCAAGGUGCAGGGGGGUUUGGGGAUUCGAAGGUUGGUCUUGUUCAAUGUGGCCCUGUUAGGGAAAUGGUUGUGGCGGUUUGUGGCAGAGUAGGACCGUUUCUGGAGAAGGGUGGUGGCAGCAAAGUUUGGUGUGGGGCAUGGUGGGUGGUGUUCGGGGCGGGUAGGGCAUUCUCAUGGUCAUGGUCUAUGGAAGGGGAUUUGGUUGGGGUGGGAGGAGUUCUAGAAGCGGGUGAAGCUCAAGGUUAGGAUAGGGGAUAGGGUUCGGUUUUGGCGAGAUCGGUGGUGCGGUGACCUCACUUUAGAAAAGCGGUUCCCUUUGGUUUUGGUAUUACCGUUGAUGCUGAGGUUUUGGUGAAUGCUGUGCGGUUUGGCCAGGGGGUUUCGACUAUUUGGAAUAUGGGCCUGCGUCGUGCUAUUCAGGAUUGGGAGCAAGGUUAGUUGGUGGAGUUGUUGGCUUUUUUAUAUGAGUUGAGAGUGGGAGAGGUUGGAUGGGACUCUUUGGUAUGGAAAUGUCCUGGGGCUAAGGGCACUUUUUUUGUAUUUUCUUAUUAUGGUGUGCUUGCUCAUGAGGAGGUGGUUGCUUUUCCUUAGAAGUGUGUCUGGUUCCGGGUACGCCAUCUAAGGUGGCCUUUUUUGUGUGGACAGCCAUGUUGGGGCGUAUUUUGACUUUGGAUAAUUUAAUUCGUCGUGGCCACAUAUUGGUUAAUUGGUGUUGCUUGUGUUGUGGUGCUACGGGGUCGGUGGAACAUUUGCUCAUUCAUUGUCCGGUAUCUUCUCGCCUUUAGAUGUUAGUUGUUGCGACUUUUGGUUUGGCUUGGGUGCAGCUGGCAUCGAUUCAGGCAGUCCUGCAUAGCUGGGCAGGGGGUCGAGUUGGGAGGAGACGUUGGAAGGCGUGGAUGCUUGCUUCUCAUUGUAUUCUAUGGUUGGUUUGGUUGGAGCGAAAUAGGCGCGUCUUUCAAGGGCUGUCUCAUUCAGUCCUUUGGUUAGAACAGCGGCUUCUUACGAUAUUGUAUGGUUGGGUGACUAGAUCAGUUGAUCCGGAUGUCUUGGGUUUUGUAGAAUUCGUGGAAGAUUUGAUUUGUUAGUUGGUUUGUUUGUAGAG